UAUCAGUACCGACGUCGGGUGGUCGUUGACCGAUUAAAAGUCAAACAACUAAAGCAAAAUGGAAUUGCAGAUCAUCUGAGUACCGUCGAAGAAAGCCUACCGGUUCCCGUUUUCCUAUGUUGAAAGAGAGGGCACAGAAAAGCCUUCUCAACUCCUUGUUUACCAGUGUAGCAUUCCAAGCAGCCAUGUCUUUUUAUAUGCAACCAACCAAGAACCGCACGGACGCUCACUCCGUGUUCUUCUCCCCGCCUUCUCUUCUCUCUCGCAUCGUCGCCUCCCUUCCUCGACCCAUGUCACUCGGCUCCGCUCCUGCGGCUCCACCUCGUCACGUGUCGCCGGUACGGAACGCCUUCCAUCGGCGGCGACCCCGCUCUCCUCUCGCUCCCCUCAUCACUCGCCCCCGCGCCGCUACCCCCUUCAAGAAAGCCGUUGCCGCCGCUGGAGUACAUGCCGACGGUAGCGCUGCUGCUUCUUCUUCUCCUCCUGCUGCUGUUAUAUCCACCAGAAACCACCUCUCCAACCUCGAGCGCCUCCUACAGAAGAAGCAAGCGCCUCCCCCGCCCCACCUAGUCGAGGAAGAACCGGAACCCCGCCGCCACUCGCCCUCUUCGUCAAUACACCAGACCCGCGGCCGCCUCCUCAAUGUCCUCAACCUCUCCUCUGCUGCCUUCCUCAACUCCUCUGACAAGAAGACCGAAGAGAUGUCCCCGCGCAGCCUCACCCGCCUUCACCGGCUGCUCUCCGACUCCACCCGCCCCUCCCCUCGCGGCACCAUCGGCCCACGUUGGCGCCAGUACCACGGCGCCGCCAACUGGGACGGCCUUCUCGAACCCCUCAACGUCCACCUCCGCCGGGAGCUUGUUCGAUAUGGUGAGCUCGUCCAGGCCACCUACCAUGCCUUCCACUCCAACCUUAUCGCCGCCCCGCCAGACCGCCCACGCCCCGUCGUCCUCCCUGACUGGUCCUACCGCGUUACUCGCAACCUGUUCGCAACCGCCUCCGUGGAGCUCCCCUCGUGGGUUCAAACCGUCGCCCCGUGGAUGAUGGCCGCCCAACGCACCAGCUGGAUCGGCUACGUCGCUGUCUGUGACAACGAGCGGGAGAUACAGCGGAUGGGGCGCCGCGACAUCGUCAUCGCCCUUCGCGGCACCUCCACCUGCCUGGAGUGGGCUGAGAACCUCCGCACCGGGCUUGUCCCGGUCGAUGACGACGGCGAGGACGUCACGGACCCGCAAGGGGACGUGCCGAAGGUUGAAUGCGGGUUCCGGAGCCUCUACAAGACAGCUGGCCCCGACAUGCCGAGCCUGUCGUCGUCAGUGGUGGCGGAGGUGAGGAAGCUGACCGAGAAGUACGCAGGGGAGGAGAUAAGCAUCACGGUAGUGGGCCACAGCCUGGGCGCGGCGCUGGCGGUGCUGAUCGCGGACGAGCUGGCGGCGCGCGCGCCUCCGCACGUGCCGACGGCGGUGUUCUCCUUCGGCAGCCCGCGCGUGGGGAACCAGGCGUUCGCGGCCCGGGUGGAACGGCGGGGGGUGAAGGUGCUGCGGGUGGUGAACGCACGCGACCUGGUGACGCACGUGCCGAUGGUGCUGCCGUCGCGCACCGGCGGGUACGCGCACGUGGGGCGGGAGCUCCUGGUGGACUGCCGCAUGUCCCCCUACCUGCGGCCGGACGCCGACCCCGCCUGCUGCCACGACCUGGAGGCCUAUCUCCACCUGGUGGACGGCUUCAUGGCCACCAACAGCCCUUUCCGCUCGGACGCCAAGCGCGGCCUCGCCCGCCUGCUCACCCAACAGAGCUCCAACUUGAAGAAGCUGUACGUGAGCAAGGCCCGAGCCAUUCAGGUGCAGCCCACCCCGGGCUUUCCCCGGCGCCACUGCGGUCACACGUUACCUUCAACUCUGUCUAUAGAAAACCUGGAAGUACAAUGAUCGACAACUAUAUAUAUCCGAACCAUUAAUUGUACCAUACAAACAGUUCCAAUUCUUUUGACUAGCGACGGUGAUUUCUGCAUUCACCUGAUAAUAACAUUGUCCGAUGGGAUUACCUGUUCAUGUACAAGCUUGCUUAACAAUGCAAUUUCAAAUUCCCAACUAGAUAUUUGAAGGGGAUUAUUAUCAUUACAUAGACCGAUAACUAUUGAACAUCUGGAGACGGUUGUUCCUCCAGGGCAUAGCGUCGAACACUUGGAGGGCAGAGCGGACGUCCGCAACUGCGGAGGCGGGCCUGCAGAAGAUAUGGUGGGCCGUCUCAAUGAAAGCUAGUAUUUUACUGACACGCAACGGUUUAUUUUACUCGACCCUGGUACCAAACCGGUCCAAAACGAGAGAAGAUUAGGCUUGUUAAUUGUCGGCCCGGUUCGACCCAAGUACAUGUAGCUUCUCUGACCAUUAAAUCUUGACUCAAUCGAUCGGUUUCGACCUAAAAAUUGAGAACCGGAUUCUUGACCGGUUUAAUUAACCGAUUCGACGGGAUCCCAAAGAUGACGUCACUCAACUUUAUGUAACACACGACGGGGAACAAUUUAAUAUGGGCCUAUAAACCUGUCUUAGUUGGGCCUAUUGGCCCACGAAAAGGUACUCAAAACCCUCUCCU